GGCCGCAUCCUGGCCAAGCGCAUCAACGUGCGCAUCGAGCACGUGAAACACUCCAAGAGCCGCGACAGCUUCCUGCGCCGCGUCAAGGACAACGAGCGGCGCAAGCGCGAGGCCCGCGAGCGCGGGACCUGGGUGCAGCUCAAGCGCCAGCCGGCGCCGCCCCGCGACGCGCACUUCGUGAGGACCAACGGGAAGGAGCCGGAGCUGCUGGAGCCCAUCCCCUACGAGUUCAUGGCCUGACGCGACACGCGUGUCCGCGUGGGCCCCGUCACGUCCCCCGCGAGUUCAUGGCCUGACGCGACACGCGUGUCCGCGUGGGGACCCGUCACCGUCCCCUGCGAGUUCAUGGCCUGACGCGACACGCGUGGGGCCGUCACCGUCCCCUGCGAGUUCAUGGCCCGACACGCGUGUAAGAGGCUCCCGUGACCCCUGUUCCCCGGUUCAGCGAAUAAAGAGUCUAAACAAGA